AUGGAUGAGGAGCGCGCGUUUCACGAAGCGCACGCGAGGUCGAGAGGGGACAUGGGGACGGUGAUGGCGGUACUCAUGCGUAGCCCGUUUCGUCGGGAACGGGGGAUGGUGUCGAGAUUUAGGAAUAACUCGCUUCGGCGAUUGCAGCGAGUGCUGCAGAUGAAAAAUUUGAGCCUGGACGGGAAGAAUAAGAUGGAGGUGGUGAAGGCGUUCGAGGCGUACUGGGCGUUUAGAUGCAGAGAGGGGUUACCGGGGGAGGACGUGCAGAGUUUCGGAAGGCGACUGAACAAUCACGCGAACGGGCUGAUGACGCGGUGCGCCGAGGCGCUGCGAAAAGAGCUUCGGAGCGUUAUUGCUCGUCCCGAGUGGCACGCGGAUGACGCGAAUGAGCGUGGUAGGGAGGCGUUGAUGAAUAGUAAUGUAAUUGCGGCGGCGGCGGCCGCGGCGGCAACGGCGGUGAAGGAAGAGAAGGAUGAGGGUAUGCAACCAACCGCGGCGCGAAUCACGGAGGACGGGAAACUCAAAUUCGUCCUGCAGCUCUUUCCAAAGGACGACGACACGGCGAAGCGCAUGAACAAGCACGGAUACAAUCCGCUGUGUGAGCUGACGUUUAGGCACAAAAAGUCCGUUCCGGGUUUGGUGUUGCACCUGAGCGAAAAGUGGGUGAAAGCCAGUCCUAGCCCGAGUCACAUCUUGCAGUUGCACCCGUUCGAGGCGGAUGGCAAGGUGGGUCCAUGGAACGCGACGCUGGAGAAUGCGACGGCUUUGGAUGUGUACAACGCCCUCGGUGAGCCGUAUUGCUUCCGUUUGCGUUACUGCUGGGAAGAUAGACACGCCGCGAUCGCGGCGACGAAGUCGAGGACGCCGCCAAGUAGCGGGAAGCGAAAAGCUGCCGCCAUCUCUUUGGGCGGCAUCUCCCUUGACACCGCGCUCAACUUUGACCCGAUUCCCGGCGAUACGCCCGCGGUGAAGGCUCAAAAACCAGUAGUGGAUCUCAACGGCGAACUCACUUUUGGCGAUUUCGAAGGACGAGGGUUUUCAAACAUGUUCGCGCCGACGAGAGACGGACACACGCGUCUGAACGCGAGCCGUCAGCCUUUCGCGAGCGUCAACUCUCCGACAAAGACGAACGGUUUCGCCCGAAUAUUUGCGUCGCCCGAGAAGAAAAAGUCACUCGCACCUUCCGAUGACUCGCUUCUUCGCGUCCUGGACGGCAUCGAGGAUAAUGAAGGCGGAGAUCCAUCCGUGGCGGACCCAAUUUCUGGCAUGGCCAUCGGUGAUUCGCUCUUCGGUCCGGGGGACUCGAUGUUCCACAACGCCAUCCUGGGCGGCGGAGAAACGCGAUCGCGCGCGGCCGGAAGAAAGAGUGGUUCGCACGGCCCAAUGAAUUUUGCCGGCAUGUUUACAAAAAAGAGUUGA